UGGCAGUGGGCGGCGGACCGAGACCCAGCGAGGGAGGCGUUUCACUGCCGCAGUCCUGGACGAGAGAGAAGACGCGCUUCUUGAAGCGAUCAGAGGAAGUGCUCCUAAUUCGGGUGAUAGGAGUUUUGCCCGCCUCUCACAAAACCGCGCAAGAAGGCGACUCGGAAGCCAGCAAGGCCGCCUUGCCGUUCCAGGACCUCGGGUUGGCACGAUCAUGUCGCCCAAAGGUGGCCGGGCUCCCUCUGUCCUUUGCCUGAUUGUCAUAGCGGCCGGACUAAAUAUCUACUCAGCCUCCUCAACGAGUACAUCUACCACCUCAAACAUAGUCUCUUCUGUAAGAACAGAAUUGGCCAGUCAGACCUUUAUGCUCAUCAGUAGUAUAACAACGGGUACCACAAAAGCAGCUACAAGACCUGUUACUCUUGUCCCUAGGAUCCCGUUGUCUGAAACUUCUGUCCCAUCAAAUACACCAGACAUGAUUGCAUCAACUAAUUCAUUAUCACCGCCAAGCACUGAAUUACAAAGCACAGAACACAUGUCGACCUCAGUGAUGUCAGUUGAUAGGUCAGCAACAACUAAUAUGUCCACUGCAGAAACCCUAGCCACUGCCACUUCAAGUAUUAUGAGUGUGUCAUCCACCAUCAGCAGCUCAUCUGCUCCUGAGAGACACACCAGCACUGGGGUUACCCAGUUAUCAAGUAUAGAAGUGUCAACAGUGCCUGUGACUUCCGAGAAACACCCUACUGAAGGAACUACCUCUGGAGACACUACUAAUUUUCUCACCUCAGCAAGCCCUGUGGUAAAGCUUACAUCUUCACAAGGGACUUUAGCAAGUAAAGCCACUGUUGAGACCUCCCCUACAGGCAGUACCACGUUCUCCUCAGGGGUAACCAUGCAAGAGGUUCAGCAGGCUUUGAGCUCAGGAAGCAUUGCAGCUAUUACUAUAACGGUGAUUGCAGUGGUUAUACUGGUGUUCGGCAUAGCUGCAUUUCUAAAGAUCAGGCAUUCUUCUUAUGGCAGACUUUUUGAUGACCAUGAUUAUGGAUCCUGGGGAAACUACAACAACCCUCUGUAUGAUGACUCCUAAGAACGUUAGCUGAGGCAAAACUGUUCUUGUAUUAUGAAGCACCUAAUUCACUAAAAGUACUAUGUCCUGGUAUCUUUUGACAUGCAGCUCCUGCAUUCUUAUUCCUCUUGCUGUUUCUUCCACUGAACCUUUCAAGUUUAACAUAAGCCAAACUCUACAGCGUGAAUCAGAAUCAAGUGAUGCUUACAAUAACUCAAGUCAUAUUUAAUAAAUUACUACAAUUUCUGCAAAAAGAUGAAGAUCUAUGGAAUGCUCUAAUAAAACUGCAGUCUUUGACUUCUUAGCAACUUGCGACAGGUGAAGCUUUAGUGGCAGAUUUGGCAGGAAGAAACAGUAUGGCCUCUUUAGUUGUCCAUCAGCAAACAUUUAUGGGAACAGUUGCUCAAUAGGAGUCUCAGAAGAUUGAUACCAGAUCUUGGCUCUUGUUUGAUUUGCCUUCACCAGGCUGUCUCUGUAAGAAGAGUGUUCUUAUUAAAAUUCAAUUGAAUGUUGAACUGUC